AUGAGCAUCAGCCCAUACGAACCCUUCCUAUUGUCGCCUAUACCCGGAGCUGAACGUGACUCCACUGGCGAACUAGCUGUAGGGGAGGACUGGACGGCAGAGCUGGAGCUGGAGACUGCCCAAGCGUUCGCCGCGGCCCGUUCUAAGGAAGGGGGCCGAUUGCGAGUCUUGGUGCUUUAUGGGAGUCUGCGGGAGCGGUCAUACGCCAAGCUCAUGGCUUAUGAAGCAUCGAGAAUCCUUCAUCGGCUAGGCUGCGAAGUGAGGGUGUAUGACCCGCUCGGCCUGCCUGUCAAGGAUGAGGUGUCGGUCAAUCAUGCCAAGGUGCAGGAGCUGCGGAGUCUCAGCGACUGGAGUGAUGCACACUUCUGGUCGUCGCCGGAGCAGCACGGAACGAUCACAGCAGUCAUGAAGAAUCAGAUCGAUUGGAUACCGCUCGCGAUCGGGUCGGUGCGUCCUACGCAGGGCAAGUGUCUCGCCUUUACGCAGGUGAACGGAGGUAGCCAAUCUUUCAAUACCGUGAACACCCUCCGAUUAUUAGGCAGAUGGAUGAGGAUGUUUGUGAUCCCCAAUCAAUCUUCGCUGCCAAUGGCCUGGAAAGCCUUCACUCCGGCCGGAAGACUUAUGCCUUCCUCUAAUCGAGAUCGCCUGGUCGAUGUAUGCGAAGAACUCGUCAAAGUCGCCUACCUCCUCCGACCACACGAAGAGCUGCUCAGUGACAGGUAUAGCGAGAGGGCAGAGAAGGCGGCCAAGGGAAGACUGCUCACUCAGGCAGAAAAGGAAGCAGAGAAGGCAAACUCACUUUAG